CAGAGAUAAAAUAAACCGAACAAAUAAAUCUUGGGUAGUUAAUGCCUAAUACAUAUUUUUGGUGAUCAGUAUUACAGUUCCUAUUAGUAACUACAUUAGUUGUAAUUAUUUUAAAGACGGAAGUUGUAAUUGUAUAAAAUUAUGUAUUAAGUUUUUAUCUCAAUAAAUGAUAAUGAAAAUGUUAUUUAUUCAAAAAUCAAUACCAGUAUACUAGAACGAGAUAGAUUGGAAGAAGUCGAAGAGUGUUUAUAAAACUAGAAAAUAACGAAAAAUUCAUAAUGGCUGUAGCACCAAGACCAGAGUAUUUACAGACUUUACUCGAGACAUUCAAAUGUUUUAUAUGUAUGGAAAAAAUACAAGAUGCUCAUUUAUGUCCACACUGUUCUAAGUUAUGUUGUUAUUCUUGUAUACGUCGUUGGCUUACAGAACAGCGGUCACAAUGCCCUCAUUGUAGAGCCACGUUACAUUUACAUGAAAUUGUUAACUGCAGAUGGGUGGAAGACUUAUCUGAUCAACUUGACUGCUUAAACAACACUGGUGAUACAAGAAAUGUUCGACAAUGCUUAGAACAGAGCUGUGAAACACACAAUGAACCAUUAACUGUUUUCUGUGCUACUUGCAAUCUAUCUAUUUGUCAUCGAUGUGCACUAUUUGAUAAUUCGUCUCAUAUUAGUCAUUCAUUUCGGCCAAUCGAGGAAAUUUAUAAUGAAACCCUGACAAAACUCGAAGAUGAGUGUGAUAAUCUGAAAGGCAAAGAAGAACUGAUUAAAAAGGAUAUUAAAGAAAUUGAUAAAAAUAUUAAAGAUGUACAGCAAGCCAAAGAUCAAAAAGUGCGUGAAAUUCGCACGGCAAUUGAAUGUAUGAUGAUGGAUUUAGAAAAAGAUCUUGAUACCAAACUUACAACUUUAUUAAGCCAAAAAAGUCAUCUAGUCCACGAAGCUGAACAAAUUGAAGAGUUUUUACAUGACUGUGAUUUGGAAGUCUCUCAAAUGACAAUGUCUCAGCUAAUUAGUAAUGCUCCUAGGUUUAUGAGAACUGUUACUAUUAUGCAGCAAAAGCAAGCUCCAUUAUUAAUUCCUGUGUAUCCCGAGUUCCAUAGUGCCGUGACCCCUAAAUUUGAAGGAGGUACUUUGACUAUAAAAUCAUUUUCUGAAAAAAUAACUCAAUCUGAACCUAUCUAUUCAUUGCCUAUUGGAUGUAACGGUGUCAGUUGGAGACUCAAAGUAUAUCCUAAUGGGAACGGUAUUGUAAGAGAUAGAUAUUUAUCUGUAUUUUUGGAAUUAACUUCAGGUCCACCUGGUGUUUCUAGGUAUGAAUAUCGUAUUGAAAUGAUAAAUCAAUUGAAUAUAAAUGAUCCCUCCAAAAAUGUACUUAGAGAGUUUACUUCAAAUUUUGAGAUUGGUGAAUGUUGGGGAUACAACAGAUUUUUUAGACUAGAUUUAUUGGAAAAUGAAGGAUUCCUACAGCGAAACUCUUUAAUUUUAAAGUUUAGUGUAAGGCCACCAACAUAUUAUCAAAAAUGCAUUGAACAACAAUGGUAUUUAUCAAAAUUGGAACUUGAAAACUCUUUAUUAGUACAAAAAUGUGAUGAACUGAAACAGAAAGUACCAGCUAAAGUGAAACCUGUAAUUAAAGAGGUUUCAAGUCCUAAAAAGAAACUUAAAAUUAAAAUUCAAUCAUUACUUGAUGAGUUUGAAAGUGUUGAAGCGACUGGAAGUAUCGAUAAAAAUCCAAAUGAAGAUCAUGGAAGUCAAGGAGGGUCUUGUGAUAUUGAAAUUGCCUCUAACUCAGUAUUACCUCCCUUUUCGUUACAAAAUUUGUAUGACAGUGAACUUCCCAUUCGUUUCCAAGGUGAAACAGCGCAAUCAAUGUUUGAAAGACUCAGUAGACUUUUUCAAGAAAAUGAAAUUAUUCCAGAUAGACCAAUUAAUGUCGGUAGUAUCAAUAAUUCAUUGUUGAAUAAUGCAGAACAGCCUAGUCAACCUGAUUUUAAUUUGGAUAAUCGUUUGCGCGUUUAUGGGGUUAACCAUUUUAACUCACCGAAAAGAUUAAGAGUAGCUGAAAAUGCACAAAUGGUUAAUAAAAUUCAGUCUGAAAUAACGGAAGCUAGAUUUCGCUUAACAAAAUUGGAAAAUGCUAUGCUUAACAGUCAAACAAUUGCAGAAUCUUUUUCUGAACCGACAUCUUCUAUUCCGAACAAUUUGACAUUAGCAACAAAUUCAGUGGAAUUACUACAAUCAAAUUUGGAACAUGAUUUGAUGCAUGAAUUACAUGGUGCUACUAAUUCCAAUACAUUAUCCAUGGAAAAUGGUGAAACUGAAGAACAAGGUACAUCAGAAGACAGUUUUUUGAAAAACUUGACAAAAGGAUUAGAUGAAAUGCUUUGUUUAGAAGAUGUCUAUAAAGAUAAUUGGGAUAUUGCAGAAAGUUCAUCGAGCGAGAGUGAAUCGAGCCCGAGCGACGAACCAGUGUGCCCUGGUCAUUUGAGUCAAAAUUAAUAAUUUAUUCAAUAUAACUAUUUUUAAUUUUAAUAUUUAUUAUCUAUAAAUGAUACAACAGUCCCAUACCAUUAUAGUCACAAAUUAUUUAUUAUCGAUAAAUUGCUUUAAAUAUUUAAAUUCAUUUAUAAAUUAAAUUAAUUAAAAAUAACAUUAUAAUAUAAAAAAAAGUCCAUAUUGUAGUAUAAGAUUUAAAGAUCUCAAAUAUUCAGAAACAUAAAAAUGUACAAAGUAAAAUAGUUAAUUUUGUUGUGGAACUAUGUAUUAAAACACAAUUUAAUGAUUCAUUUGUAAUAAAUAUAUAAAUACAACAUGUAAGUUCUAAAGCUAAUUAAGAAAAUCUUGAUAAAAAGUGCAGACUAAAUAUUGGUUCUACCAUCUCAAGCAGUGUCUAAAUAUCUCAUAGAAUCCAAUUUAGUAUAGUAUUCCAAUAUGGAGUAGAUAAAGAAAAUGUGAGGUGUUUUAUAAUAAUAUGUACAAUUUUAAAACACAUAAAUGAACUUGUCUUUAUAUAAACUGUUCCUAUUUAUUAUUUACUUAGCUAUUUUUACAUGUAAAGCAUUAGAAGGGACCGGUGCAAUAACCAGCUAACUCAAUUUUUAGUAAUUAUUCACGACGAUCAUAAGGAAAUUCUUAAUUUCAUUUACUACUAUUGGCAGAGGAAAAAUGCGUUUUGUAAAUAAUGGUCCGAUUUUACUGCUUUUUCACCAAAAUGUAGAUAAUUUAUCUAUAAUAUAAUUAGCAUAAAUUUAAUGUUAAACUGUGUUCAUAUUUUUUUUUAAUAGAAUUUAUAAGAUUUGGUGUAAUAGAUAAUGUACUAAUAUUUUGUAUAUUUCUAAAUUAUGGUUGACAAUCACUGAAACAAUUGUAAUGUUAAAAUAGCCUUCAUUAUAAUAAAUUAUUUAAAACUUGA